AAAGGCUCACCUUUCAGCACAUUCACUUCACCAGAUGCACCUUGUUUCUUUUCCUCACCUUUGAUUGGGGGUGGUGCUUGGCCUUAAUUGCACUCACCUGUCACUCGUUAUAUAAGGACUGCACUCACCUACCCCUCACUCUUUCUUCACUCCAACAUGGGGCGGCAGCUGAGCUGCGGGAUCUAGGAUCGCACCCCUCCCGGGCACCUGUCAGAGCAGGGGGGCAACAUUUGCCCGCAUCACCACUGUCCCACUGACAUCCAAAUUCAUGCAGCAGCCAGAUCACCACUCCUUGCAGCUAAUGAAAGUCUUCCGAAGUAGAAGAGGAGCUUUGCCACAAAACAUUAACAAUGACAAGGAUGCUGCCAUUGAAACUAAAAGAACUCGUGUACUGAAAGCACGAAUUGUUUAUCUCAGUGAAGACCCCGAAACUCUCAUAAAGGAGGACACUGAUGACAACCAUUCGGCGAUGCGGCAGAUGAUCCUGGGAAUCUUCACCAUUAAGAUGGAAGCUGCAGAACCCACAGAUGACCUUGAAGGUGUUGGAAUAAUCACUGGAGGUGUCCAAGUGCUUCAUGACCUUGCUGAGCUGGUGAGUUCUGUCAGCGUACGCCAGAUGUUCGUCACCAACCUGAGAAACCGUCCUUUGAGCCCCAGCCAUGUGGACUCGAUGGAAAAUCUGGUUCUCUCAUUAUACCACAACCUGGUUACGGGGACGAAGGCGUUUCCUUAUAUUGCCUUCAGGGGAUUCUUUAACAAACUGCAGCUGAGGACACCUUUCACCCAUGUGCCAGAGAGUCAGAGGGAGAACAACAUGCCAUCUCCUCCUACCGACUCACCAGCUGGUUUAAUGGUGCUGCCUGCAGGGUCCCACCUCCAUUCACGGUUGCUCACACCUCUACUUCCAGAGAAGGCAGAUCUUUCUGUCCUGAAGGCAGACCGGAGGAACUGCGUCUGCACCCUGCAUGUCGACGGCCGCACCAUCACUAGAGUCAUUUCCACUGUGUACUGCACAGAGGAGAGGGAAAUGACAAAUCGCUGGAGAGUUACAGACUACACCUCUGACGGCACAGUAAUCAUGUCGGUGCUCUGCCAGUUUCUGAAGAGGUUUACACAGGGUGCAAAGAGGAAGCCUGCAGAGGAGGAGAGCAGCAGCAGGAGCCCCCCUCCACCAAGGAAACGUCUCCGGCUGUGAUCAGUAAUGAAGCCUUUCCUGGACAUAUGGCAUAUGGAUGUUACAUAUGGAUGUUUCCUCGUGCUUUGGAGCAAACUUUCGAACUCCUCAUGUCUGUGCUGUGUCUGGAAAGGCUGGAAACACCUCUCCAUCUUACACAGAGACCAUCACCAUCACGGCUCGUCUGAGGAGUUAUUUCUGUACAUAUGUAUAUAGUUUUUUUAAAUUAUUGAGAUACACAG